GCCUGGUGUGGCUUGAUUAUUAUACAACCAGUAGGCCUAAGUUUCCAUUUCUCUGCACUUUCACGUCAUCGAAUUGCAUAAUAAUGUGAGAUUUUCAUAGGUGCUACUGUAUGGUUGCUUUCGAUUUGUCUGUUAAAAUGCGACUCUCUAUUUAUAUUGUUAGUAUGUUUAAUGUUUUUUUUUUUCCAGCCUAGAAAUAUGGGUAUCUAGAUGAGUUUUCAAUUAAAAAACGUUUUCCCAGGUUUUAGUUCAUUUUACCUCUUAAAAUGUUAGAUGAGUUUGCUGGUUUGGCGCUGGAGGAUGAAGUGGAAUAUAUGGACACAUCUGACACACCAUGGUACUGGUAUUACAAGGCAGCGUGUGGUGUCUGGCACAGAGUUGAGGAUGACCCAAAGGAUUUCAUGUCAAGUAAUGAUCUGGAGAGAUUUUACCUCAGAAACCCAAAAGGGGUUAUUAACAUGACUACUGCUGGAGUUCAGUUCCAGAUUAACUUUGCAGCAAGCACACAGUUCAACUUAAAAACUGGGAAAAUGAGGCAGAUUAAACGCUCAUUUCAGACCGAGAAUUGCUUCAGGUGCAAAUGUGAUGACAUUUCUCCCUCUCCACCAGCACACUGGGAGAAUGUUGAUCCCAAAAAACCUUAUCAGUUAAUCUCUCUAAGAAAAGACUGCAGAGAAUAUCAGGAGAUGGAGAGAUUUGUCAGGGAUGUUGGCUUACUGCAUGAUUCCAUCGUAUCCAUCAACAGAAUACAAAACAUGGACCUUUGGGAAUUGUUUUGUAGGAAAAAAAUCCAGUUGAUGAGGAUAAAAGGACAAUCAGAUGUUGAAGAGCAAAUGCUGUUUCAUGGCACAAGUACAAAAAAUGUGCACUCUAUUUGCACAUUUAAUUUCAGUUGCAGACUAUCAGACAAGAGAAGAAGGGGGCAUGUAUUAGGCAAAGGAACCUACUUUGCAAAACAUGCAUCCUUUGCUACCAAAUAUAGUGAAGACACCUGCCAGGGAACCAAAGUAAUGCUGCUUGCCCGCGUUAUUGUUGGGAAGUACAGACAAGGCCAUCAAGAUUAUUGUACACCUAAUGAUGACCAGAAUGAAAACAUACACGAUAGCUGUGUAGAUAAUGCACUCUGUCCAAGGAUUUUUGUUAUCUUUGAUUCCAAUCAGAUAUAUCCAGAGUAUGUGCUUGAAUAUCGCUGCAACUAAUUUCAUAAAAGUAUCACUGCAACAAUGAAUGCUGCAGAACUAGAGAAUGUGUGUAAAAUGUCAGAAUGUUUACAUAAACUAAAGUGUCUUUGGGAAAACAUUUCUGUAAAAGGUUGGAAUUUUAUGCAUUUUAGAGGACAAAGUCAUUUAACGUUAUACUGUUUGAAUUUAACAGAAGCUCACAUCAAGCAGUGCUUUCACUGCUACUCUUGGCCAAGAAUGUUCCCAUCAUUCCAAAAAAGAAAACAUGAGUUAUGAGAGUCAGCACAGAUCUUCACAAUCCUGAAGAAAUCAAGAAGACUUUAUUUACAUCAUCACUCCAAUCACAGAAUUGAUCACCAAAUGAUCAUUUUGGGAUUUGGAGUCCAACAAGAUACAUAUCCCAAAAAACUGAAAAGUGCCUUGUUGAAAAUGAACAUGCUGCUUCAGCAUAUCCAUAUACAAACUUAAAUUAUUACUUGCCUCAUGAUGUGAGAACUGAGCACUUUCAAAUCAAGGAUCAAAUAAACGUAUAUAUUACUUA